UGUCAUUUGUAUGUCCGUUGAGAAACUGCACAAACAAAUGUAAAAAGGAACAGUACUCAAAACGUAUCUACCUCUGCACAGGCAAGUUCAUGUUCCAUCAUUGGAUAGAAGUGGGAGUUUUUAACUGGAAGUUUGUAAAAUGUUGAACCGGUGACUCCAAUAUUGGCUGCAGACCACAAUAAAUUCUCCUGUCACAGCUUUCUGCCUCCAGUUCUGGGUCAGAAAAAUUCAAAUUCAGUGGCCAUGGCUUUAAAGGGAGCACUUAUUUGGCUUUGCUCACUUGCAGUCUUGUCCGCCGCAGAUGAAACUUUGAUUCAUAAUCUCAAGGCGGCGGUAGAGUGUGGUGAAAACGUGUCAUGGAGUGCAGAGCAGACAGAUGCACUACUGCUCUCUGUGAGGAAUCUGACGGAUUCUCUGCACAAACUGAAAGUUCGAAAUGAAACUCAUCUCCAGGUGGCAGUAGAGUGUGGUGAAAACCUGCAAUUGAGUGCAGAGCAGACAGCUGUACUUUUGCUCUCUGUGAGGAAUCUGGCUGAUUCUCUGCACAAACACCAUCUGAAAGAAUGCCAAGGUGCUGAGCCAAAGGAAUGCCCUGAACCCGAAGUUCCCGAAAAUGGAGCGCUGGCAUGCGUCACGGUUUCCAAUAAGCGCUACUGCAAACCUCUGUGCAACAAUGGUUACGAUUUUGCUUGGUUGAGGACGGGUCGUUUGUAUGAGGAAUGCGGUAAUCAUACAGGAAAUAAAUGGAUCAGCCAGUACAUAGGAGGGAACAAGCUGGCUGAGUGCAAAGAAGCAUCUAUUCAAGUUUCAGGAGCAAAGACAGCGUAUUUUCCUCAAGACUGCUUAACAACCAAGAGCAGCAGCCAACUGCAGGGCACAAUCAUUGAGGUUUUUACCACUGAGCUGAAGAAUCAAGGCGUACAGGGAGAGCCACAGUAUGCCUGUCUUGUAUGUGGAUGAAUGUUGUGGUGAGAAAGUCCUAAUUUUCACUGAAAAAUGAAGCUUGACAAGUACCGCUAAUAGUAGUAAACUGUAUGUUAAACUUGACUUCAAGUUUAAAGAAUAAAAGUGUUCCUUAACCUGAA